UUAAACAAAGUUCCAUGUCCGACACUACUCUCUCUCAAGUGUCAAACUACAAAAUCCAACUCCCACUUCUUCUUCUUCAGCUCACUUCUUCUCUCUCAGCUGAACUCAUUUCAAUUCUUCUUCUUCUUCUUCUUCUUCUUCUCUCUCUCUCUCUCCUCUAACCUCUUCACCAUUCACCAAUGACAUGACACAUGGGCUUUCUCCGGCGACUCUUCGGCACCAAAAAAUCCACUCCUCCCACCGACGGUUCCUCCUCCUCUUCCAAAUCUCAUAAGAAACGAUGGAGCUUCAUCAAACACACCACCAAGUCACUCCCACCACCACCCACCGCCUACACCACCCACUUUGACUCUUCCUUCGACGCCAACAAACAUGCAAUCGCCGUCGCCGCCGCUACUGCCGCCGUCGCCGAGGCCGCUCUGGCCGCCGCCCACGCCGCCGCAGAGGUAGUCCGCCUCACAAACAACACCGGUAGCAGCACCAGAACUAGACCCACCAAGGGUGUGACGCAUGCUGGCCGGAGCCGGUUGCCGGUGGAGAUCUCCGCCGUCAAGAUACAGUCAGCGUUCCGUGGUUAUCUGGCAAGGAGGGCAUUGAGAGCACUUAAAGCAUUGGUGAAGUUGCAAGCAUUGGUUAGGGGCCACAUUGUGAGGAAGAAAACUGCAGAUAUGCUGAGACGCAUGCAAACUUUGGUGCGAUUGCAGACCCAAGCACGUGCAAGUCGUGCGCACUUGUCAGAUAAUACGCGCUCUUUCAAGCCUUCACUUUCUCAUUAUCCUGCUCCUGAAGAAUAUGAGCACCCGCUUCGAGCCUACGGUACAAAUUUGGAUCGAUCUUCUAUCCUAAAGAGAUGUAGCUCCAAUGCAAAUUUUAGGAACAUUAACUCAGACAGAACGCGGUUUGGUACCAAUUGGUUAGACCAUUGGAUGGAAGAUAACUCGCGUGGCCAAACCAGAGAUGCACCAUCUAGAAACGGACACCCUGAUGAUGAGCAUAGUGACAAGAUUCUCGAAGUAGAUACUUGGAAACCGCACUUCAGCUCCCACCACAGUAGCACCAGCUCCUUUCAGACAGCACACUAUUAUUUGAGUUCUGAUUAUAACAAUGACAACUUUAUAGCGUAUGAGUCUCCAUCAAAACGUUCGACAAAAGCUCCAAAUCAAAGUCUCUCAUCAAGGGAGGCAUUACCACCUCUAAACUCGUUGAGGUUUCACAAGGGAAGAGAGGAAGCAGCUUCCCGAACUGCUGAUAAUAGUCCACAAUUAGCAUUUUCUGCAUCUUCUAGAAGUGGUGCAAGGAGAGGUCCCUUUACGCCUACAAGGAGUGAGUGUUCAUGGGGUUUCUUCAGUGGCUACUCGGGUCAUCCCAAUUAUAUGUCAAAUACUGAAUCUUAUCGAGCUAAGAUUAGAUCACAGAGUGCACCAAGACAAAGGGUGGAGUUUGAGAGAUACAGAGAAUGAAUAAGAUAUAGUUCGGGAACUGAAGAUUUAAAUCGGAGGAAGGGGUGUGCACAUAAAUGAAAAAAACCUUAUUGGACCUCCUUUCAUUUUUGUGCACACCUUCCUCCAAUUAAAAUCUUCUGAUCCCGAACUUUAAAUCAUUCUCUGUUCAACUAGGAGGCCUGUUCAUGAGGAGGGUAUUUGGGAUGUGGGGCCUAAUUUAGACUGAGAUUCUGAUUCAAGGAGCGGGGUCUUUCCUAUCUCCAGCCUUUUGUACAGAAUUGAGAGUACCAAUUUAAGGUGACAUUGCUUGCCUCAUGUAUGAAGAAGACAACUCUCAGUUUUUCCAGCUUGUUUUUAUCUUUUUAAUGUGUGGUAGCAGUUUAGAAUGUAAUUGUUUUUACCUGUACUCAGGCUCAGCACUGUCUUUUGUCCAUACACCAUCAAAAUUCACAUUGUUUACUGGUGUCAAGUGUGUUGAUUUGUAAAUCAUGACUUGGUUUGACUGUCUUGCUUAGUGGAAUGUGCUUGGUUUGAAUAACUUA